AUGUCCUACUACCCUGGCGGCCCCGGCGGGUCCAGUUACCCUGGCGGUCCCCAGUCGUCGUACCCGGGCGGCCCUCAAUCGUCGUACCCAGGAGGCCCGCAGUCGUCGUACCCGGGAGGUCCCCAGUCAUCUUACCCCGGCGGUCCUCAAUCGUCGUACCCCGGCGGGCCCGGUGGCUUCGGCGGCCCCGGCGGAAACCCUCCGUACCCUGGCGGCCCUGGCGGCGGCUACCCGGGCGGACCUGGUGGCUACGGUGCCUCUCCCUCUCCCUCUCCCGGGCCCGGAGGCUUCCAGUCGCCACCGCCUCACGACCAGCAGGGGUACAACAGCAACCUCCCUCCCGCGCCGUACGGUGGCGCCAACCCGGGCCAGAACACCGACCACCAGGGCGUGCAGUACGACGCGCAGGGCAACCCGCUGCCCGACGGCGAGCGCGGUCUGGGCACCAUGGCGGCGGGCGCGGGCGCCGGCUGGCUCGGCAACAAGAUGACGGGCAACCACAUGGGCACGUUUUCGUCCAUGGCCGGCGGCGCCAUUGCCGCGCAGCUGGGCAAGAAGCUGUUUGAAAAGUUUGACGACAAGAAGAACCACCAGAACCCGCCCUACGGCGGCGGCGGCGGCUACGGCGGUGGACCCCCGCCCAAUCCGGGCCACCACGGCGGCGGCGGCUUCUUUGGCAAGUUCUAG